UUGUCCCAGCUGUCCGUGAACGCAGCGCGCCCUGUCACGUGACGCAGGUCAGCUGACCAGAAGCAGCUCGGCGGAGGAGCCGAAUGAAAACAGGAUGGAGGCUCUGGGCAGAAUAUCACCAGCAGAUUGUGUCAAACUUUGCCACAGAGUGGUGGAUGGGCUGUGUGGGCGAGAGCCUCCGUGCCGGAGUGAUUACAGCGCCACCUGGAGCCUGGAGGAGUGGCUGCAGCUUCUCGACCUCCUGACAGGUCUGUUCCGCCUGGCAGUGGGGAGCGACAUCCCAGAGGAACAGGUUCUGGCUAAGCUGUCGGACGUAGACCACAGCCACGCCGAGGCGGUGCUGACGGUGCUUAAAGCGCGACACGAGGAGAUCCGGCGUGCUCUGCUGGACAGAACCAACGGCAUCUCUUCAGCAACCCUGCAGGACUUUGACUGGCAGCUGAAGCUGGCUUUGUCAAGCGAUAAGAUCUCGUCUCUCAACACGCCGCUGCUCAGCCUCGGCCUGGACGUGAGGGAGAACGGAGCGCUGCGACCCAUCACCGUGGAGCUGAGCAGGGAGGAACUGAGCACGCUCAUCAGCUCGCUGGAGGCAGCUAACAAGGUGGUGCAGCAGCUGAAGUGAUGGGCCGCUCAUCCAAUGAGAUGCUGAUGUUUCCAAUGUAAUAAUAACUCAAUGUUUGUGUUUCGUGAUGCCUUUUGAUUCCAUAGUAAAAUCCAUGUUUUUCUUUCUGA